CAAUACCUACAAUCUUCUUAAUCUGUGAUGUCAGUCAAUCUCGUGAUUAGAAAUUUCAAAUAAUAUUAUAUACAAAAAUCGAGUAAAUUAAUAAUGUUAAAAAGUGUCUCGUGGAGGUUGCUCAACAAUCGCAAUAUGUGUAUCCUGUUCAUGCAUUUAGGGAUCUCGGAUCCAGGGAGUGACUAUAGUUUAAUCCUGGCUGCCAACCGAGAUGAGUGGUAUGACCGACCUUCAAAGAACUUAGCCCCUUGGGAGGAUGACGAGGAUAUUAUUGGAGGGAGAGACCUUCAGCCUGGCUGUUAUGGUGGAACAUGGAUGGCAAUUUGCCCCAAAAGAAAAAGGAUAGGAGCUUUGCUCAAUCUGCCUACAACUAAGAAUCCUAUUGCUAAAACUAGAGGCAAAAUAGUACAAGAUUAUGUGAAAUCAACCAUAUCUACAACAGAUUACAUUAACAGUAUGAGAGAUUACUUACAAGAAUGCAAUGAUUUUGUUUUUGUUUCGGUUGAAUUGGGGGAGAACCCUGUAAUACAAACAUACUGCAAUGAAAAUGAUAAGCUAAGCACGUGGCCUGGCUGCUAUUUCGGCUUCAGCAAUAGUCUGCCGGAACAGCCUCUAAAGAAAGCCAUAGCUGGCAAAGAGCGUAUGCAAGAUAUCUGCUCAGGAUCCAAGAAGAUUACUGAAAAAGAUAAAUUAAUAGGUGAACUUCUUGCAAUGUUAAAAUCUGAACAAAGGCAUUAUCCAGAUCCAGAAUUAGAUGCUCGGAGGCCAUACCCACUAGAGUCAUUGAGUUCCAUAUUUGUCAGAAUUCCAGAAGCAAGAUAUGGAACAAGGACCCAUACAAUAAUUCUAGUCACAAAAACCGGUCAUGUGGAUGUUAUAGAACAAACAAUGCAGUCACCAAUUGAUUUGAAUAACCCAAUUUGGAAGAAAAGUGAAUAUGAGUUUCAGCUAUGAUUGUGGAAGUAGAAUUUUAGCAUUAAAUUAUUAAUAAGGACCUAAAAAAGUGAAACGAAUAAAACAACUUUUGAUGAAA